AUGGAGACAAGACAAGAGUAUUUCCAGCCUCGACUACAGCGCACCCUCGCCAUGGGUUAUGCAUUGCCAUUCAAGCUCAACCGCUCUGAUCUGCUCAUCACCGACUCGUACGUCGGUGGCAAGCAAGUGUCCGCACAGUCAGGCGCAGCCUUUGAUGUUCUAGACCCGGGCUCCAAUAAGCCAUGGGCCAAAGUAACCGACAAUUCAGCAGCCGAUGUCGACGCUGUAGUUGAGGCAGCUCAUACCGCAUUCCAAACGUUCAAGAAGUCGUCGCCUCGCGUCAGGGCCCAGUGGCUCCUCAAAUGGGAUGCCCUCAUCAAAGAGAACAAGGAAGACUUGGCCAAGAUCCUCGUCCACGAGACAGGCAAGCCCUACGCCGAAGCUAUUGGCGAAUUAGACUACGCGGUCUCAUUCGUGGCCUGGUUUGCCGGCGAGGCAGAGCGCAUCCAGGGAACGUGCUUUGUUCCUUCAGCCCCAAACCGGCGCAUUUUCACCAUCAAGCAGCCCAUCGGUGUUGCUGUCGCGCUGGUCCCAUGGAACUUCCCCGUCGCAAUGGUCCUUCGCAAGGCAGCUGCUGCAUUGGCCGCUGGCUGCACGAUGAUCGUCAAGCCAUCGCCUGAGACGCCGGUGACGGCGGGAGCCCUUGCCAAGCUGGCGAGCGAGGCGGGAUUCCCCGACGGGGUCCUGAACGUGAUCACCACGAGCCUUGAGAACACUCCGCCGCUGAGCGAGGCCUUGUGCAAACACGAGGUGGUGAAGAAGGUUACGUUUACUGGCUCUACCCGCGUUGGAAAGCUCAUUGCGAACCAUUGCAGCAGCGGCUUGAAAAAGGUCGUGCUUGAGCUUGGAGGAAACUGUCCUUGCCUCAUCUUUGACGAUGCCGACAUUGAGGCCGCACUGCGUGAGCUGGUCGGCCUGAAAUUCCGCCACGCUGGCCAAGCGUGCAUCACGGUCAAUCGAUUUCUCGUCCAGAGCGGGAUAUAUCGCAGAUUCCUCCGACGCUUCCAUGAGGAAACGGCCAAGUAUGUUGUUGGCCACGGUGCUGCUAGGGGAACGACCCUCGGCCCCGUCACCAAGCUCGAAAGCAUAGAUCGGGCUGAACGCUUGGUUCAAGACGCCAUUUCCAACGGGGCACGUCUCGUCGCCGGUGGGAAGCGCGUGGCUCCGAAGGGCUUUGAAGAGGGUUACUUUUUCGAGCCAACCAUCCUGGCUGAUAUGUCUACCAACACGUUCAUCUCGUGCGAGGAAUGCUUUGCACCCAUCUCUGCUUUUUACAAAUUCGAGACCGAGGAAGAGGCAGUGAAGAUGGCUAACGACACCCCUAUGGGGCUUGCUAGCUAUGCUUUCACGAAGAACGUUGAUCGUAUCUGGCGUUUGUAUGAAAACCUCGAGGCUGGCAUGAUCGGACUCAAUACCGGGAACUCCUCUGCAGCAGAGACUCCGUUUGGUGGCAUCAAGUACUCUGGCUAUGGAAAGGAGGCAGGGAAGGACGUCGCAAUUAAUGAGUACAUGAUCACCAAGUCUGGCACUCUUACUGUGGACGGUAUAGUAUGA